AUGAAGUCGGUAGAGGUCAAGGUCCGGCCGCUUCCCACCCCCUCAGACAAGUCUGGGGGCACAAUCAAGGCCGCCUCCCGUGUCUACGUGGGCAAAGAUGCUAUACUAGAGCUCACGGGAUCGCUCGAAAGCGGGAAGCCCUGUUCCAUUGAGAAGAUUGUCGAUGGCCAAUCUAUACAAAAAGAGGCCACGCUCUGGGUUGCCCAGGAUCCCAAGUUGGGCCGGGGUGUCGUUCAGAUGAGCAAAUUCUUUCAGGAAGCAUGCAGCCUCAAGCUCGGUGAUGUGGUCAAGGUCAUUUCCUCGAAUGGAACCUCCGUUCCUGAUGCCACAGAGGUAAUACUCGAAGAUGUCACGACCGAGAUGGCAGCGAUCGAUUCCAGUGAUCGGCAUCACUGGGAGUGGCAUCUUGAAGGCUGCCUCAAGGUGGCCGAAGACGUCUUCCCCGGGCUGAUGCUCAAGAAUAUAUAUCAGCGCGACCAGACGAGAAAUUUCAGAGUCGUCUCCGUCAACGGUCAACCAAAUUGCAACGCCCGCUUCCAUCUCGGCAAAACGCAGGUUCGCUUGGCUCAGAAAGGGGCCGAGCAGCACCAAGAUGCUAUCCCAUCCCACCCAAAGCACUUGCAGCUCGCUGUAAUGCCCGAACUUGCGCAACAAAUGGAAGAAAUCAACGAUUUCUUUUUUGACUUUCAAGGGCCACUUCCUUACGCAGGUGAAAGCAUAUCAUGCGGCCUGAUUAUCGAUGGUGGGCGUGGUACUGGCAAAACGAUGCUGCUCAAGCAGAUUGCCGAGACUGGAUGGGGCACUGUUCAUCAAAUACAGCCAGCGGACAAACUAUCAUCUAUACAGGAAUCAUUCCAAAAGGCAUUUGACCAUCGACCAAGUCUCAUUAUGAUCGACAACUUCGAACGGCUCGUCGACAAGGAUCGCAGUAACCGCAAUGCUGUCAUUCAAACCAUCGGUAGUUGGUUGGAUACAUUAUCCAGGGAAGCUGUCCAGAAACAACAGCUGCCAGAAGUAGUUGUCAUCGCUACCUGUCAAGAUCACAUAACAGAUAUACCGUCUGAGCUGCUCGAGAUGGGGCGGUUCGGCACAAUUAUUACGUUGCCAUAUCCGGACCUGGAUCGUCGCAGGGCUAUCCUCUCAUCUUUCAAUCCUCAUAUCGACCCAGCCGAGAAGGAGGAGCUACUCAGCAGCUUAAGUGAAAGGACUCACGCAUACAAUGGCACAGAUCUGCAAAAAGUUGUGAUGAUCUCGACAAAUAGGUGGUCACGUCGGCUCCGAAAAGAUGGCAAUGUUAGCCCAGAAGAUUACUCACGUUUAUAUGUUCCCGCGGAAUACUUUACUGAGACUCUGACAAAUGUCCAACCAGCAGCUAUGCACGAUAUAAGCCUGAAGCCGCCACCAGUUCACUGGAAUGACAUUGGCGGCCAGGAUGAGGUCAAGGAGGCUCUCCAGCUUGCUGUCGUCUUAGCCACCGAGCCGAAGGAAACCCUAAAGGAAUAUGUCAGCAAUCCACCCACGGGAGUUCUUCUAUACGGCCCUCCUGGAUGCUCCAAGACCAUGGCUGCACAAGCGUUGGCGACAGAGUCUGGGCUCAACUUCUUCGCUGUAAAGGGAGCUGAGCUUCUUAAUAUGUACGUAGGCGAAUCCGAGCGAGCGAUCCGUCGUCUCUUUCAACGCGCGCGGGAUGCCGCACCGAGCAUAAUCUUCUUUGAUGAGAUCGACUCGAUAGGCGGGCAACGGCAAGGUUUUGGCGGUGGCAAUACCUCGGCUGCUAGUGGCAGCGGUCUCAAUGUGCUCACUACGCUGCUCAAUGAAAUGCAGGGCUUCGAGUUGACGCAGGGCGUCUUAGUGAUAGCGGCGACAAAUCGGCCACAGGCUCUGGAUCCAGCGCUAUUGCGGGCUGGCCGUUUUGACAUACGGGUUUAUGUGUCACCACCUAAUACUGCUGCCCGUGAGGCUAUCUUCCGCGGAGAGGCGGCACGCAGGAAGAUGGACGUUGACGCUAUAGCACUGGCGGAGCUCACAGAGGGACAUUCAGGUGCCGAGAUUAUGAGGAUCUGUCAAGCCGCUGGAAUAGCGGCAUAUCGCCGCAAGUAUCCGGACGGAAGUAGGAAGACAAAGGAUGCUCCUGCCCAGGAGGUCCUUAUUGGCAUGGAUGAUAUGAUGAACGCGAUCCAGCAGGAGGCGAAACUCAUUACACGAGAGAUGGUCCAGGCGUACAGAGAUUGGGAGAAACGGUUUAAGAAUUAA